UAUUACAGACCAAAAGUUUGGACACACCUUCUCAUUCACAACACAACUGAUGCAACCCAACCCCAUUGGUAAAGCAAGAAAUUCCACUAAUCAACCCUAAUAAGGCACACCUGUGAAGUGAAAACCAUUUCAGGUGACUACCUCUUGAAGCUCAUCAAGAGGAAAAGGAAAAGUGUAAUGGCGUCCAAUUUUGUUGAGCCACAAGUUCGAAAAAAGCCAGCAGAACUGCACAAAGAAAGGGGGUCCUUAUGGAAAUCUCAGAUCCAAAGCAUGGCAAGUCGUUCUCCGGACAAGACAACACAAUUUUACCUUUACUCGCCGUGAGGCGACAUCAUUGGAGGGAACGCUGCUCGCGUGCAUUCUGCUUAUCGUGAGGAGAAGCUUCAUGUCCAUGUUUGGAUUACAGUUGCCUGCACUGAGUAAACAACAAACAAGACGGACGCAGUAAAUUGUAACCCUUAAAAGUCCCUCAGUGACGUCCUUCGGGCCUGCGUUUCUCUGCCUCUCCUAGGUGAAAUCUAACACAGACGCCCUCGGAAUGCCAGAGGGUGCGCCGCAGUUCAGGGAAACCUGAUGGACCAGUCCGUACGGCGUUGGAUUAGCAGCUAAACCCCGACAAAAAAGACGGUGCCAUUGCAACAUUACAUCUUUGUUUGAGGAAACACAAUAAAAGAUGUUUACGUUAGUCUGGUCCCAAACUUGUCCUCGGAGAUGCCAGUGCCCAGAGGAGCCCCCGAAAUGUCUCCCUGGGGUGCCUCUCAUUCUCGACGACUGCGCCUGCUGCCUCGUGUGCGCCCGCCAGAAAGGUCAAGUGUGUUCCGAAACAAACCCCUGCGACACACGUAAAGGCCUGCAGUGCGACUACGCCUCUGAGGACCACAAGAAGCCUGGUGUAUGUGUGGCUCAUGAAGGACAGGUCUGUCUUCUGGACGGGGUGGUCUACAAGAACGGCGAGAUGUUCUUCCCGAGCUGCAAGCACCAGUGCUUAUGCCGUGACGGGCAGAUCGCAUGCGUACCGCGCUGUAAUGUGGACGUCAUGCUGCCUGGGCCUGACUGCCCUGUGCCAAAGAGAGUGCAGGUCCCUGGGGAGUGCUGCGAGAAGUGGGUGUGUGAACCCCCGGCGGAAGCCAGUGCACUGGGGGGCUUUGCUAUGGCAGCCUUUCGUCAAGAGGAUACUGUGAGCUUUGAUUCCUGGGACCCCAGCUUGAACUGCAUCGAACAGACAACGGAAUGGGGGGCCUGCACUCAAACUUGCGGCACAGGCGUGUCCACUAGGGUCACUAACAAGAACCGGCGCUGCGAGAUGGUGAAGCAAAGCCGCUUGUGCAUGAUCAGACCCUGUGAGGACCAGCAGGACCAGACAGCGCUCACACUGCCAAAGAGAGGAAGUAGAUGCCAGAGGAUGGUGAGGGGCGACACAGCCGUCCACCUCUCCUAUAAGAACUGCGUCAGCGUGCAAGCCUACAAGCCUCGCUACUGCGGAAACUGCACGGACGGCCGCUGCUGCACCCCCCACAGAACCAAAACCGCCUUGGUGGAGUUCACGUGUGCCGGCAAUAAAACCAGCAAAAGGCCUGUCAUGGUGAUCCUGACCUGUGCGUGCCACAAUAACUGCCCACGGGAGAACGCCGUGUGGCAGCCUUCAGACCUGGCCUACAGCGGCAUGACGUCAUAGGUCUGCCACAGCUAAUGACUGUCGAUGGAAACAUUCCCUUUGGUUGGACAGCAGGACCAACUUGUUAACAUGAGUUGCAUCAACUUAAAACAACCCUUAAUCUUUUCAUUUUUAGCACGUACAAAAAUUCACAGGUGAUGGCAUGUGGAAGUUCCUGUGCACACAUUAGAGUUAUAUCUACUAUGCUUUUUAGAAUGAAAGCACUUAGGAAAUAAAGACGCUCCUCUUUUGGGGAUCACUUACAGAAUACUAUGUGCUUAUUGUUAACUCACAGAGGGUUCCUUAACCCUGUGCCUAUAAAGUACAUUAUUAAAAGUGCUGAUAUAUCAUUGACUUGUGACAAAAAGCUUUGUUGGACGACCAUGAUUGUGAAAAUAUAGCUUCAGGUGUGCUUUACACACUUGCUGCAAUAGUUUAUAUCACUGGAAGGGUUCAAAUGAAAGCUUGCAGGAGACCGUUUCCAAGUAGGAAAUGCAUUUUUAAAAUACCCCGACUGCACUCUAAACGAAUUGGCCCUAAAAAAAAAAAAAGAGCUCAACCUAUGAUCAGAGGUCAUUGUUGGGACUUUGUGUCACUUCUCACAUCUGCCUGCAGUCAUCUCCCUUGUUGCUUUUGCCAUUAAUGCAACAGUCAAGUCCUUUAGUGUAAAUGACAAAAGUUUUUUUGUAAAUACUUGCUGUACAGUUGUAUUUGUAUUUGUACUUUAACCAGUGGAAAUGUACUGUGAUGUUUUGUGGUGUUCUUUUUCACUUCUGCAAAAAUGUUCUUUAAAAAAAAAAGAAAGUAUUUUUGUAUCUUCAUCUUAGUCACAACAUGUAAGAAUAGUUUAUGAUUGAGUCUUUGUAUAGUUAUAUACAAUAUUUGGAUGACGAAUGUUUUGAUGAUCUGGUCUUUAUACACCAUGCACCACCAUGUAUCUGAAAUAAAACAAGAU